GGUUUACGCUGUCCACGAUGAAACGUCUUGAUGUGUUUUCUCGUUGAGAGCAUAGAAAAUGUCACGCGUUGAUGUCUCACGCUAUGAUGCUGAAUGAAUGAAGGUUUCGAACCAAACAAUUAUGAUCUCGCAUUGUCAGCCACAAUGGCUGUUCUAGGCUGCCUGUAGAGCAUGACUCCGCUGUGUAGGAUUGAUUGUUCCUUGGCCAGGCAAUUGUGAUUCAAACUCAAUUGCCCUGGUGCACGACCUUGUUUCUUGGCGCGGAUGCUGCGGAUCAAGAGUAUAUAUGUAACUUCACAUAACCUUAUGGAAGUUUGACGUCAAAAACGAGUCUUAUGUCAAAACUCUAUAUCCAUAGAAUAUAUAACAAGGAUACCCUUAUCCUGAGCAAUAGCAACCAUGCUUCUCUACACCAACCAUAUACCCUAGCAAUAAUACUACACCCCUAAUCCCUAAUCCCUAAUAUCACCAAUCGACACCAAAAUGUCCCUCGACACCUCCGAAUCCCAAAAAAUCCAAGACACCCUCGCCCGCGAACCCCACGUCACAAUCUUCCUCCGCCCAAUCGCACCCCCCGCGGCCCUAGGCCUUGCCGGCUUCGCCGGCUCAACCUUCAUCACAGCAACCUACAUAGCACGCUGGUGGGGCAACGAAGAUUCGCCGUUGAUAUUCUUCCCGUUUGUUGCGUUUUGGGGUGGGCUGGGGCAGUUUGUGGCUGCGUUUUUUGGGUAUGCGGCGAGGGAUACGCUGGUUACGGUUAUUCAUGCGCUUUGGGGGAGUUUUUGGAUGAGUAUUGGGUUGCUUUAUUUGUUGGUUGCAACCCGUGUACUUCCACCACACCCCAUUGAUGAGCAUUUCCCCGAACUAGCAUCAUGGUUCAUCAUUCUAACCUUCUUCACCUGGUCUGGCGCAAUCGCAGCAACAGCCCGCGACAUAAUCCUCUGCCUAGUCCUAGUCUUCCUCGCCAUCGGUUCCACAAUCGCCUGCUGCCUCUUCGCCUACGGCACCUCCGUGCACACGGGCAUGAAAGCCGCCGCGUAUUUCUGGAUUUUCAGUGCGAUUCUGGCGUGGUGGCGUGUGACUGUGUAUCUGAUUGAGGAGGCGUAUGGGCCGAGUAGUGGGGUUGCGAGGUUCUUUCCGAUUUUUAGGAGUGGAAUGGAGAGGCAGAGGCCACUUUUGGUUCCUGGGUUGGGUGAGCCCGGGGUUAAGAGGGGGAUGCCGGGGGUUAUGUAGGUUUGUUUGAGGUGAUUUGGGUUGAGGCUUUUGUGGCGGAUUGUGGUGGUUGGAUAUCCAAGUA